AUGGCUUCGAUUGCGCGCCAGUCUCCCCUCCUCCGCCAGACCUGUCUGUCGGCUUUCCGCUCCCCGUUGGCGGCCAAGAAUGUCACGGGUGUCUCGCAGGUCGUGGCUUUCCACGCCUCCGCGAAGAAGCAGAUUCUCCCUCCCCUUCCUCAGGUCGUCCAGGGCACCAUGAACGACCCGGCUCCCAUCCCGAAGCCUUCCCCCUCCCACGGUAGCUACCACUGGACUUUCGAGAGACUCGUCUCUGUUGGUCUGAUCCCCCUUACUAUCGCUCCUUUCGCUGCCGGCUCCCUGAACCCUGUCAUGGAUGCCGUUCUCUGCUCUCUCUUGGUUGUUCACUCCCACAUCGGUUUCCAGGCCUCCAUCAUUGACUACUUCCCCGAGCGUCGUGUCCCCAAGUUCCGUACGUUCCUGAACUGGCUUCUGCGUGCAUUCACUCUCACCACCGCUGUCGGUCUCUACGAGUUCGAGACGAAUGACGUUGGUGUGACGGAGGCCAUCAAGCGUGUGUGGAAGGCGUAG